GCACCCUGGAGCGCAGAGUGUGGAGCGCGCGGCGCGCGGGGCUGUCCACACACACACUCGACCCGGCACCCGGGCCAGCGCUAUCCUAGCCGGACAGUAAGGCCAUUUGCCUACCAUGAGACACGAGGCGCCCAUGCAGAUGGCCUCUACCCAAGAUGCCAGAUAUAGCCAGAAAGACUCCUCUGAUCAGAAUUUCGACUACAUGUUCAAAUUGCUCAUCAUUGGCAAUAGCAGUGUGGGGAAAACAUCUUUUCUGUUCCGUUAUGCGGAUGACUCCUUCACAUCUGCGUUUGUCAGCACGGUUGGAAUCGAUUUCAAAGUAAAAACUGUAUUCAAAAAUGAGAAGAGAAUCAAACUUCAGAUCUGGGAUACAGCAGGCCAAGAAAGAUACAGGACUAUCACCACAGCCUAUUAUCGUGGGGCCAUGGGCUUUAUUUUAAUGUAUGACAUCACAAAUGAAGAAUCCUUCAAUGCGGUCCAAGAUUGGUCAACUCAAAUCAAAACAUACUCUUGGGAUAAUGCCCAGGUUAUUCUGGCUGGCAACAAGUGUGACAUGGAAGAUGAGCGGGUCAUCUCAACCGAGAGAGGCCAACGUCUAGGAGAACAGCUUGGAGAAACAAAAGUCAGAGCCCUUCCAUCAUUUUGGGACGCCAUCAUGAACUCAUGCAUUCAUCUUCACACUCCCUUGCUAACCCCACCAUUAGUGGCCUGGAACUUCACUGAGAUGCAAAAUCAAGAAAUUAGGUUUAAGGUAAGUCAGCCACCUUACAUGUCUCUUUGACAUUUCAAUUUUUAAGGUGGAGUCUCAUUUUAACACUGCACUUUACCUUUCUGUUUUAUUAUCAGAGUAAGCCAUGACAUCUUUAGGAAGAAAAAUGAGUUAAAACUUACUGAAAAUGAGGGAGGGCAGUGGAUUCUAGAAGGUCAUGGCCAUCUGCAUGUCAUACAUGAAGCUUUUAGUUCUUUCUAAAGCACUUGAUCAGAAAUUAAUAUAUGAGGAUGUGCCAACCACAUUUAAUGUUGCUGGGAUAUUUGGGCAGUGUGUGGUCCAGACUGAACUAUGAUAGACUGAAACUUGUACUAAGUUCUCAAAACCCACAGAAGAAGUCAGGCGGCAGUGGGUAAGAUAUGUUAGUGAUGACUUUGUGCCAAAAUUUCUUAAAAGAAAAGGGAAUCAUGUAGCUAACAUGAGAAGGAUAAUUUAAGAAUAUGAUUGAAAGUUUAGUUAGUUGCUGCAUAGUUACUGAACACCAUGUGCUCAGUGUUGUGGGAACCAAACAUGGAAGAGGUAAGGUUCCUGCUCUUAAAGAGAGUGAGGGAAAGAUGCCCUAUAUAAUCUAAAUACUAAGUUAUGUGGGGAUAUAGGAGCACAGAGAAAGGGUGACCUGUUCUGUUGAAAGUCAGACAUGAUUGCAGAAAAUAAAUCCUCCGUAGCAAGAAGAUUGUGCUAAGCAAGUCAAAGGGAAAAGUCACAGGAUGUUCCUUGUGGACAGAAGAGUGUUAGAACUGGCAUCUUUAAAUUAUUACUUUUCCCAAAACAGCCAAACUGUUCUUCAACACCUGUCCAGUUACCCUCAUUUAGUUCCCCACACUUUGGUUUCCAUGAGGAAGAUGAGCUGCUGUAUCUGCAUAUUUCUCCCUGCAAAGCAGCCUCACACUAGGUCACAGAAUGCAAGCUGCAUUCAAGCCACAUUAGAGCAGUUGAUUUAGAAAUCUGCCAGCGCACUAAACCACAAGACAUUGUCUAAUCCCAUGUCGCCCAGGCAGAUGUAUACUCAGAUGUGUUCUGUAGCUCCGUAUUUCCCACAAAGGGUAUUGGGAAAUGAAUACACAGAUGAAGACUUUUCUCUGUACCACGGGCACUUUUAUCUCUCUCAGUGACUGCACUGUGGAACUCUUUUGAAAAUACUGAAAACAGCUUCUUGCUUUCAUAUAGUGAUUGUGACAUUUAGUUGAAAACUGCUGCAUAGCAAAUUUGUGACUCUUUAUGUGUCCACAGGAGCUCUUGUCUGGGUUUAAAACUAUGAAAUGUAUUCACAUUGUGAAGUUUUAAUUCUUUAUUGAAAUUAAUUGUGUAAAACAUGUUAUGUGCUCUAUUAGGUAUUCAGUUUGUAUGUGAAUUCUGUAUGGAAAGUGGUUUCUGUUCUUUGACUUUAUCUGGUUUUAUUUUUUGAAAAUUACAAUAAAUAUCUAAGAGGCUA